AUGCAAGGGUUUUCACAGCCAACCGUCUACGAGGCGUCCAAGUGCUGCUUCAGCUACGGUCGUCUCUCUCACCUCGACCCUCAGCAGCUGCCGACAACAUGGGAGGCCAGGGGCAAGCCGUGGUCAUCGGUUCUUCUCGACGGACUCGUCAGCAAGGUCGACCUCACCAUGCCCCAAGACCAAUGGCAGGCAAUACAAGGGCAGGUUCUAGGCCAAGGACCAGCACCAGAGUUCUGUCGCGUCACCAUGACCUUGCUCCAGAUCCUGCAAGGAGAUUUCUUCACCGAGUACAUCAAGAUAGGCGAUAUCGUCAUGCUGUCCCGCGGCCGCACUGACCUGGACAACGUCUUCACCCUCAAGGACGGCCGGCUCACCAUGUUUCUUGACAAGGAGACGCCGCGCUGGGUGGUCGAAUUCGACCUCCGAAGCCCAUCGAUGCUGUACGGGAGGCCCGGCUUUGACAGGCUCGUGUACGCCUGCAAGAGCACUCUUACGGAGCCACUGACUUGGCUAUUCUGCAACCUGUCUAACAAGACACCUAACCCCGACCCCAUGGAAGCCUUCCAGCCGAUCAAAUGCACGUCGUCGCCUCAGACCACUGAGCAUCCCGACAUUGCCGUGCCGCCUCUCGCACCACCUCCAAGCAUCAUCGCGGGCAUCGGAGAUGAGGACCUGCCCGAGUUCGCAAGCGGAAUCUAUGAAUGGCUGUCGCUCCUGCGCCUCCAAAUCGGUAUCAGCCGCCCGGAGAGCCUGGCCAAGGGCCUGUUGUGA